AUGACGGAACGGAAUGACGCCGCUCCCCAAAACAAUUAUCCAAGCUCCCGCAAGCUCUCAGCGGAUCUUUCCCUUUGCUCCUUUUCCUCGAUGGCUCGAGUUUCCAAGGUCGGCGUCUUACUGUGUGUGGUAAUCAUUCUGCUUGCUCUCGCCCUCGCCCCUGCCGAUGCCAUGUACGCCACGUCCGCUGAUCUGAACCGCGAGGGCACGUGCUACCGCGGCCAAUUCAACUACGGCGAGAGUUCGGAUUUCGACUACGGCAUGGUAGCGCAGGUGCCUUCGGGCGAUUUCAACAGCGGAAAGGGCUGCGGAAGGUGCUAUGAAGUCUCCUGCAUGAACCACCCGAGCUGCUUGGAGGGCAGCGUGCUGGUGCGAGCGGUCGGCCAAAACGGCGACUUCAACCUCAACUUCGCCGCGUGGGACAGAAUCGUCGGCGACCGGGCCGCGGGGCGCGUGGAGAUCGAUUACCGCAGCGUGGACUGCUCUAGCAACGGCGGCGUGAAGGUCAGAUUGGUCGACGAUAGCAACUCGUACAACUUCGCGCUUCAGAUUCUCGGCGCGGCGGGGAGCGGAGGCGUGGAGAACGUGGAGCUGUCGAACGACGGGUCGCAGUGGACGAGCAUGACGACGUACGGAUGGGGCGCCACGUGGGUGCUGAAUCCCGCCAAGGACGUUGUCGAUGCGGGGCUCCCGGUGAGCGUGCGCGUGACCGGCAGCGGGCAGCAGGUGGUGUUGCAAGACGUGAUUCCGAGCGGAUGGAGCGCCGGGACGACCUACGAGAGUGGCACCAACUUCUAG